AUGGGUGCAGCUUCGCGGGUAGCCCUUGUUAUUCUGCGCAUUUGGCAGCUCAUUUGCGCCGUCAUCGUGCUCGGAAUCCUCGCUCGCUUCGUGCACUUCGUCGUCGACGCGGGCAUGACAAGGGACGGCCGAAUCAUCUACGGUCUCGUCGUCGCCUCUCUGAGCAUCCUCUUCGCCAUCUUAUGCAUUGCCCCGUUUAUGUACUCGUUUCUGGCGUUCCCUGCCGACUUUGCCUUCUUCGUCAUGUGGCUGAUCCUCUUCUGUCUCCUGAUCACGCGGACCGGUACCCACACAUGCAGCUCCCCCUGGUUUACCAACUAUUGGGGCUUCUACUGGGGCGGAUGGUGGUUGAGAAGGCCUUUCUUGGGCCGACCCGGGGCGUUCAUCCGUUCCGGGUGCAGUUCCUGGCGGACUGUUCUGGCGUUCUCGUUCAUGGUCAUGGUCAGCUUUCUAGUCACCACAUUCUUGGUACGUCCGCCCCUCCAUUCUCGGGUGAUAGGCCCUCUUGUCUAA